AUGUCGGGGCUAAGAACGGUGUCGUCGUCCAGCGGGGCUAAGAACUACGACUCGAUCAUGAAGAUAUUGCUCGUGGGGGAUUCCGGCGUGGGCAAGUCGUGCUUGCUCGUGCGGUUUGUGGAGGACAAGUUCAGUCCCUCGUUCAUCACCACGAUCGGGAUCGACUUCAAAAUCAAGGCGGUGGACAUCAACGGCAAGAAGAUCAAGCUUCAGCUCUGGGACACGGCGGGACAGGAGCGGUUCCGGACGAUCACCACCGCGUACUACCGGGGUGCGAUGGGGAUCAUCUUGGUGUACGACGUGACGGACGAGCGCACGUUCGAGAACAUCCGCCAGUGGUUCACGACGGUCAACCAGCACGCGAACGAGGAGGCGCAGCUCUUGUUGGUGGGCAACAAGAAGGACAUGGACACCCGCGCGGUGACGUACGAGCAGGGGGAGAGCUUGGCCAAGGAGCUCGGCGUGCCGUUCAUCGAGGCCAGUGCCAAGGACGACGAGAACGUGAGCGACAUCUUCUUCACGCUGGCUAAGCUCAUCCAAGAGAAGAUCGACAACGACAAGUUGGUCAACAACAGCGGCAGAGAGGGGAGCGUGAACAUCUCGUCGGGCAGCAACAUGCCCUCGUCCAACUGUUGCUAG